AUGGCGGCGGGCGGGCCGCGCGCGCUGCCGGCCCUGCUGCUGCUGCUGGCGGCGGCGGCCGCGCGGCUCUACCGGCCGGGCCAGGACCCGCUGGCCGUGCUGGCGGCCGGCUCGGUGCGCCGGGCGCUGCUCAACUCCUCGGCCGCCUGGGUGGUGCAGUUCUACAGCUCGUCCUGCGGUCACUGCAUCGCCUUCGCCCCCACCUGGCGGGCCCUGGCGGGGGACGUCAAAGAAUGGGAAUCUGCAAUUAGAGUUGGUGUGCUGGAUUGUGGGGAAGAAGAGAACUAUGAGACGUGCAAAGAAUAUGGAAUUCACUAUUACCCAACUUUCAGAUACUUCAAAGCAUUUACAAAGCAGUUUACUCCUGGAGAAAAUUACAAAGCAGGAGCAGAUCGAGAGCUGCAAACAGUUCGUCAGAUGAUGAUUGACUUCCUGCAGAACCAUUCCCAGGAGGUGAGGCCGCCUGCUUGCCCACCACUGGAUCCAGUUUUGUCCAGUGAUAUUACUUCUCUUUUUGACAAGAGCAGCCAUCAUUACACUGCCAUUGUGUUUGAAAGUAACAGCUCCUAUGUUGGACGAGAGGUUAUCUUAGACUUGGUCCAGUAUGAAAACAUUGUUGUGAAGAGAGCAUUGGAUUUGGAUAAGCCUUUUCUUGAGAAGCUGGGUGUUACCUCAGUCCCUUCCUGCUAUCUGGUGCAUCCCAAUGGCUCCCAUGGAUUAGUUAACAUUUUGAAGCCUCUACGGUCUGUCUUUUCCUCGUAUUUAAAGUCACUGCCAGGUGUAAGGAAAAAACUUCUGUUGCCACUUCAGCUGCCUGUUCAAGAAAACAAGGAGGAAAAAACGGAAAUGAAGGUGUGGAAAGAGUUUGAUAAAUCUAAGCUGUACAUGGCUGACCUUGAGUCGGGAUUGCAUUACCUGCUCAGGGUAGAACUUGCCACGCACAAGACACUUGAGGGAGCUGAGCUCAAGACCUUCAAGGAUUUUGUUACUGUCUCUGCCAAGCUUUUUCCUGGCCGUCAGCCUGUGGUAAAGUUGUUAGAGACCUUGCAAGAGUGGCUGGUGAGCCUUCCAUUAGACAAAAUCCCUUAUGAUGCCAUCCUAGAUCUGGUCAACAACAAAAUGCGGAUUUCUGGGAUAUUUCUUACUAAGAAGGUUCAGUGGGUGGGAUGUCAGGGCAGCAGACCAGAGCUGAGGGGUUAUACCUGUUCCCUUUGGAAGCUGUUUCACACCCUCACUGUUCAAGCUGCCCUGCAACCAAAAGCUUUGCUAAAUACAGGUCUUGAAGACAAUCCCCAGGCCGUACUUCAGGUCAUGCGGAGAUACAUCCAGCACUUCUUUGGGUGCAAGGCCUGUGCUCAGCAUUUUGAAGAAAUGGCUAAGGAGUCCAUGGAUGCUGUUAAAACCUUAGACGGGGCAGUUCUCUGGCUCUGGGAGAAGCACAACGUAGUGAACAGCAGGCUGGCAGGUGAUUUGACUGAAGAUCCAAAAUUUCCCAAAGUUCAGUGGCCAACUCCAGACAUUUGCCCUGCAUGUCAUGAAGAAAUUAAAGGAUUACACAGCUGGAAUGAAGCCCAAGUUCUACAGUUCAUGAAGGAUCAUUAUAACAGCAAAAAUAUUCUAUAUAAAUACACUGAAAGCCAGACUGACUCCAGUGAAACUGAGCAGGGAGAUCCAAGGGAGAUGAAAGACAAAAGCCUCCCGAAGAACCCGAGUGGAAACAGAGAAAAUAAGAUCCAGGAUAAAGAAAACAGACCAGAUUCUGAAUCGAAGGUGUUGAAUAAGGUGAUAGGAAAUCAUGGACCUGUCAAAGAUAGUGGUAAAGGUGCAGCUGGAUCAGCCAACCUUAAAGAGAUGAAGCAGGCUGUGUCUUUCUUAGGGAUUGGGUUUUCAAACCUAGACAUGAGUCUGUGUGUCAUACUGUAUGUGGCAUCAUCCUUGUUUUUAAUGAUCAUGUACUUUUUUUUCCGAGUGCGUUCGAAGCGGUGGAAGGUGAAGAAUUAUCGCUCGUCUGUGUAGGGGGUUGAAUGGGACACAGUUUUCAUUGUAUGUGGCUGUUCAGUACCAGACACAGCUUUAAUAUUUAUGAUCAGGGAUUUUAUAUACAGUAUUCCUUGUUGAAAACCCCUUUCUUUCCAAGUCAUUUCACAAGUGUUCUAGCUUAAUGUACAGAGCUCCCUGUAGGAACCCUGGUCUUUGCCUGAGGCACACAGUGCUAUCCCAGAAUGUCCACUUUCCAGUUAAGAUUUUUCCAUUACUUCCCACCUAUGUCCUUUACUCAUUUUCAGAGUAAACAUUACAUUAUGCAAUCAACUGUGCCUGGUUUUAGAGGGAAAUUGGAUAUUGUUUUGUGUGCUUCAAGUAAGGUGUUUUUUUUUUUCUUUUUAACUUCUCUAGAGCUGAGUUUACCUGCCAGAGCACUGAGCAGUUGUGCUGCUCCCUUGGCUGCUUCAUUUGGAGAAUUCUGAUUUUUUUUUUUUUCAGGAAAUGAGUUCUAUUCUGACUAAAUCAAUUCUAAACCUACGUGACUUUCUCAAAUGUUCUUUUCACUGCGCAUUUAAUGUAGAAAACAUUGUGUAUUCAAGGGAGUCUUCGGUUCUCCUGUGCAUUCCAGCCAAGGAUGUGUGUGACUCUGCUAGGAGGAGAGUUUGGGGCAGUUUGUGUCUCAGUAAACAGCCUGACUCUGAUUGCUAAGGCAGUCACCUCUUGUACUUUAGUUCAGAUGUAAGGACAGACUCAGGCCCAGAGCUUUAUUGGCUCUUCUGUUGGGUGCCUUGAUUAAGCAUGAGAACUCCCCUUGCUCACUUAUGAACCAAAAAAGUAGCUGAGUAAUUAUUGGAAGCCAAUUCUGAUGAAGCCUGGUAAAGGAAAACAGUGUUUUUAGUGAAGGACACUGGGAUUUGCAUCAGCCUGCCAGAACAAACUCCCAGAUCUGGAAAUACCAAGUUUCUUAUGCUGUUGGAUCACUCCAUUACAGUGUGGUAGUUUUUUUCCUGUGAGGUGGGUAAACACUUCCCUUGGUGUUUCCAGUUCUGAGCUCACAGAGUAUCACCUGCUAGGUGUAAAGGUGUCUGUGCAGUACUUAGAAGAACAGGCCAUUUCUCCUGCCCUUCUGCUGGAGUGAUCUUCUCUUUGGGUCAGGAAGGGUGUCACCAGUGGGUAGGUCCGAGAGCUGCCCCGUUCUGGGAUGUGGCAGCAACUGGGAAUAUGGCAGCUGCAUUCAGGGAUCUGGCUGGCUGGGGUCCUGCCUGGCAGCAAUUAGAAACCAUGAAAACAGUUACAGUAUAUUCCAAAAUUACUAUUUGGAAUGGGGGUUCCUUUCUGAUCCUAGCUGGGGGGCAUAAUUCAUGUCCUGGGUAGUGAAGUUUAUAAUCCUAUCCAAUGUAAUUGAGCAUGUUCUAGUUAUCCAUUACCUAAUCUUUAGUUAAUCCUAAUAGGUUUUGGCCUCAAUGUUUUCUUGUGGCAGUGAGUUCUACAGAUUAAUUAUGUUAUAUAAAAAGGCUUUUCCUUUCAAUUCUACAUUUGCAACUUUUAAUUUAAUUGAAGGUUUGCUGGCUCUUCUAUUACAUGAGAAGAAAUACAUAGUCCCUAGCCAAUUCAUGGUAUUUAUACUGUUACUGUCUCCUCCUCUGAUUCCCAUCAUAAGCCCCAGCAUAAAAAGUUUAAAUCCUAGCAACAAGGAUGGCCUGAAAGCACAAAAACUCAACAGGGAGAUUUUUUUAUAAUCAAAUUUUGUUUGUUCACAAAACCGAAUGUUUCUGACAUGAGUUUCUGCAGCUUCCGAUUGGAGGAACAAAGUUUGGCUACACACAUCUGCUGUCCCUUGUUCCUUUAGUGUAUCAAAAUAGCAAACACGUGAAGUAUUAACCAUCUGAAUCUCUGUUCAGAUGACACUUUCAGCCUGCCGUACAGAGGAGGGCAUUUCCUGUGGGUCUCUUAAGCCAUCUUCACUGUUCGUUGUCUUCACCUGGUGGCUCUUGCUUCAGUAUGGGAAGCUCUCUCUGUGAAGCUGGGGCCCAGCUCCUGCCACCCAUGGCCUCUGCAGAGCCCAGAGCUGCUGGGAGCACCUUCAGGUGACUGAUUAUUAAUUAAUCAGCCUAUGCCCUGACAUGAAAACUUCUCUUUUUAAGUCUGCAGCAUUCAGUCUGAGCAUAUGGGGACCCUGACUGUCCAAGAGUUCUGGGACAGGGAGCCACCAUGAGUCUCUCUUCAGGAAUGUAUAAGAGUCCCUGUAAUUAUAGGCCCUGGGCUUGAAUAAUAAUUAGAACAACUUGUGAGCAGCUAGAAGGAUAGAGACCCAGUGGUGUGAGGUGGGCCAGGCUGGCUGGUCUGUGCUGUUUGCCUUGUGCUGCAAUCCAGUGAGAGGUCCCAGCUGGAGGCUUGUGAAGAGAAAAGCCCAGAGUUUCCCAAUUUGGUUUUGAAAACUGGACAACUUUUAAGUAACUUCAUCUAGGGAGAUUUUUUUUUAUAUAUAUCACCCAAGAAGCAGGGACAUUCUCAAAAAAACCCACCAAACCUACCAAAACUGCAGCACAGCAAGUGUUGGAUCUGGGAAAUGUGGCCAGUUCCUCUUUGUCACUGUUGUUGCACAUUUUGAAGUUGAAAAUGAGUCAUUAGUGCUGUUGCUUAGAACUCUGCCAAAUAUAUAAACUCAGGUUUGUCAGCUCUGACACAUUCUGCUUUUCAUCUGCAAAUGAAAACAAAAGGCUUUGAAAGUUUGUUGGGAUGAUUCUGCCAUUAAAGAGCAGCAAUUAUUGAUUUAGAACAAGGUGGGGGGGGGGGGUUUGCUGUACAUCAUUGGUUUUCAUGUCACUGUGACCUUGCUGGAAAGGCGACAAAAUGAACCAAUACUCAAACCUUCAGUGUUAUUGUUUUGUUUCUUAAGAGUGUAAAAUACAUUAAAUCAGGAUGUUGAUGAUCUGUGUUGGUGCUUUAACUCUGUUGCCAGUGAACUGGCCAGGGCUUUCACUGUAAUUGCUAGUAGUGCCCUCAUCUGGAAAAGCUUUCUUGACUUCAGUUGAGUAAAUCUUGCUUCACUUGUUCUUAUUUCAAUCUUUAUAAUGACAAAUUAUAUCCUUUUAUGUACUCUGAUUAAAGAUAUAUUAUGUCUGCUGGGUGGUGCUGCUUUGCUGUGGAGCAUUAGCAGUGAGUGAGUUGCAAACAGUGUUUCCUUUUUAAAAAUUGCCCCAAACCACCAUCUCCUCAGUCCUGGAGCUUUUGUUUGCACAUUGUGCAGCACCACAGAACUUUCAUUUGUGGAUGGGGCCGUGCUGGUGGCAGCCACUUCUGAGAAGGAUUUCUUGGCCCUUUGUAAUUCAUGGAGCUUUCUUUGCUCUUUGGGAGUUUUUAAAGAGGAAGUACUAAACCUGGAUAGGAAAUAAAAGGAGUACAGUGGAACUAUGCCAGGAGAAAAGCUGCAAGUGCUGAAGAAACCUAAUGAAGUUAUUCCUGACAGCUCUUUAAUUUUUCCUUUCCUGCAGUGUAUCCAUCCUGCUAUUCCUGCUCAGAGCUGGAUGGGAUCCACCAUCUUAACUAAAGGUGCAAGGUGUAUUAUCUAGGUCUGUGCAUUGCAUAUGAGGAACUGAAGAUAGUGAAUAUAACUGUUGAGUAAUUUAAAUGCUUAAUUUAUUUAUAUUCAAUAACUUGACAUUUUCACGUCUGGUUUGUUCUGGUUUGUUUGGGUUUUUUUACUCAGUCUCAUACCUCCCUAGGAAGGAAAAGUGACCAUUUUGUACUAAAAUGUAAACUAAUGUGCUUGUUGAAAAUAAAUUGCAAACAUUUGGGCAAA